GAAACCUCCAUUCAAUAGAGUAGCUCGCACCUACAAAAACAUCAUCAGCACAGGUUAAAAUGUUCUGAGCGUAACAUGUGCAUCCAGGGCUCUUAUUUGAAUACCUGUGCCCUGAACGCGAGAGUUGAAGCGAGCGGGCUGUAGUAUGUUUUCUUGUAUAAAACUUCGCAGACAUGACCUUUUUUGAACUGGAGCUGGCUUUACAUAAAGUCGCCCUCAGCGCCAGUUUGAGACCGCCUCACGGUGAAACCAGAGUUAGACUUCGAGAACAAUGUGGGACCUUUGGCCGACUGCAGUUCCGGUCUUGCUCAACCGGUCCUGUUCCUGUUUACUGGUCGAGGGAAGCCGCAAGUCAGCAUUGUUCAUUUUUCCACAGCCAUUCUACAGAUGGCGGUAGGUGGAGUGGAGUCGCUCUAUUCCUCGGCUUCUCUAUGGUGAAGCCAAAUUUUAUAGCGAAGCUACUGUAGAAAAGAGGCUGUAUUCUACAGCCGGAAGCUCUGGAAUCGGACCCUCCCUCCAGAGAGUCAAAGUCGUAAAUCUCUAUGGCAGCAAGAAGGCGCUCUAGCAUCCCCUCUCGUUGCUUAGGCGGCCGGAAGUGGAAGUAGGCGAAGCCACCGGCUGGGCUGCUCGAUAUGCGGAGGCGAUGGCGGCUGGCAGGAGCUUGAGUCGCUCGGAACGGAAAGCGGCGGCGCGCGCCGAGUUCUUCCUUCAAGAGGAGCAGCGAGAGCGACGUAGACAGGUGUCCCGGAUCCUUCACAAGCCGGUGACUGAGCGGUGCCCCGAUGAAGCCAUGCUUUUGUCUGAGUCUCAGGAGAUCGUGCGCGACCUGGAGCGGCUUCGAAAGAAACGCGAGAGGCUGCGAUGCCGGCAGGAGGAGGUUUGUGAUGACCCUGAAGAGUUGAAGAAAAAAGUGGGCAAGCUCUCUGUAGCUGUACAGGGUGCUAAACACCUCAUCAUCUAUACAGGAGCUGGCAUCAGUACGGCAGCCUCAAUCCCUGACUACAGAGGCCCAAAUGGAGUGUGGACAAUGUUGCAGAAGGGCAGAAGCAUCAGAGCUGCAGAUUUGAGUGAGGCAGAGCCCACGCUCACCCACAUGAGCAUUGCCUGCUUGCACAAGCACAAACUGGUGCAUCAUGUGGUAUCACAAAAUUGUGAUGGGCUCCACCUGCGUAGCGGCCUCCCUCAAGAAGCCCUUUCCGAGCUGCAUGGAAACAUGUACAUAGAGGUCUGCACAUCUUGCAUACCCAAUCGUGAAUAUGUGCGAGUAUUUGAUGUGACAGAACGCACGGCCCUACACAGGCAUCAUACUGGCAGGAUGUGCCACAAAUGCGGGGCACAGUUGAGAGAUACCAUUGUCCACUUUGGGGAGAAGGGCAUCUUACAGCAGCCCUUGAACUGGGAGGCAGCAAUAGAGGCUGCAAGCAAAGCGGAUGUGAUCCUUUGCUUGGGAUCUAGCUUGAAGGUUUUGAAGAAGUAUCCACACUUAUGGUGCAUGAGCAAGCCACCCAGGCGCCGCCCGAAGCUCUACAUUGUAAAUCUUCAGUGGACACCAAAGGAUGAUCUAGCAGCCCUAAAGCUUCACGGGAAAUGUGAUGAUGUGAUGAAGCUUUUGAUGGAUAAUCUAGGCCUUCCCAUCCCUUGCUAUGACAGAACAAAGGAUCCCAUAUUCACUUUGGCUACUCCUCUGCGACCUGAAGAAAGCGACAGCCACAGCCGGAAACCUGUGGCUCCACCAGCAAGUCUUCAUGAAGUACAACUAGGCCAGCAGCAGCUGAUGUCUGCAGCUCCUCUUUCUGGUGGCUGGUUUGGCAGGGGCUGCGCAAAAGGCACUAAGAGGAAAAAACCCUCUUGAUUAUGGCCCUGCCCAAAGAGGACACUAGACUUUUAAACUUUGGGGUCCAAUUGAAGUUGCUGAAGUCAGCAAAAUAAAUGUCAUCUGCACUUAAUAUGAUCAGGAUUGCUGGGUUAACUGGAAAAAGUAGCUGCUAUUUUCAUAGAUGUUUUAUAUAAUUUUCUUACCUUACAAGCAGGAGCAAGGCCAAAGCCAGCCUAGGUUGGUUCCUACUGUGUAAGAGAUGGUUGGCAUUUAAUACUCAGGGCUGCCAGUUCUUAAAUUACAGAAAUGAUAAAACAAUAAAUGGCUGUUUCUUGGAAA